CCCAGCGUCACGCUUACACGUUACUGGCAGCGGGGGAGGGUAACGAACCGAGAGCGCUGCUUAGAAGGUGACCUGGAAAUAAAUUGUCUUGACAAAUGGUUUUAUGAUGCGAUUUCCCACCUACACGCCACGGGAGAAUUUCUUAAGGACCGAGUCCAACCAGAGCAAAAUUGGCCUCUUCUCCUGUGCAGCGUAUCAGAAAGUUUAGUCUGCCGCGAACAUUUGGAGAGCGCGGCCGGUCUGGUCUGGAGACACCUUCAGGAGGAGGCGAGUCUUCAAAGUAUCCGACUACAGGUGAUUAUGGCACAGGCUCAAGGUUUUGGGAGGAGAUACAUUAAAGCCUUUUUUAAAGGCUUCUUUGUUGCUGUUCCUGUGACAGUCACUUUUCUAGAUAGAGUGGCCUGUGUAGCAAGAGUGGAAGGAGCAUCAAUGCAGCCUUCCUUGAAUCCAGGGGAAAGACAGGUGUCUGAUGUAGUGCUUUUAAACCAUUGGAGUAUUAGGAAUUAUGAAGUGCAACGUGGAGACAUUGUGUCAUUAGUGUCUCCUAAAAACCCUGAACAAAAGAUCAUUAAACGAGUGAUUGCUCUUGAAGGAGACAUUGUCAAAACCAUAGGGUACAAAAACAAGUAUGUGAAAGUUCCGCAUGGCCAUAUGUGGGUGGAAGGUGAUCACCACGGACACAGCUUUGACAGUAAUGCUUUUGGCCCGGUUUCUCUUGGACUUUUACAUGCUCGUGCUACCCAUAUCCUGUGGCCUCCAAGGCGCUGGCAGAAGUUACAACCUAUGCUGCCUCCAGAACGUACACCACUUCACAGUGAUCAAGAAUGACCUACAUGUACAUGAUGGAGAAAUGAAAUAUUGAUACUAGGAUUAACCUUCAAGAGGGGUAGAUGGUGUAACAGAACAAAUAAGAACACCGAUUGUACUAUAACAGAUACUGCUGCAGCAGAAAUUCCCUUAUGUUAAGGUGUCACUUUAAAUCUAAAGUUUUUCUUUAAUCUGUAACAUCACAUGGUGCAUUAUUUUGUCUUGGAGUAAUUAUUCUCUGAUUGUGGAGUAUUCCAAUGUUCAAUUUUCCAGAAACAGUAAAAUAUAUGAGCCAUUGUCUGUUCUAGUGCUCCUGUUGAUAAGACAUUAUUAUAACAGUCUAUAAAACUAAUCUUUUGCUUUUGAUUUGUUUCUUUAACAGCUUGACAGAUUCUUGAAAAUUAAUAUUUUGUUAAAAAUGCGAAGUCAAUCCAGUACUUCAUCAUUUCAGUUAAGUGUGAAUAUGUAGAAGCAUUUAUUCAUAAUAUAACAUUUUGAAUUGCACUGUAUUUGUUAAAAUUGAAAAAGCAGCAUUUCUGUAUAUGACAAGCUAAUUGUACAAUAAGUCCAAAAAAGAAUAAAAAUGAAUCUUUAA